AUGAACGAUCAUGGAGAAAGUUCAACAAGUGGUUUUUCAAAUGUUAUGUCAUUUUUAACCAAUUCAAGAAACAAAACAGUAAAGAAAAAAGUAAACCGAAAGACGCUAACUGGCCUUGAAAAACAAACUCUUUGUAUUAAAGCGCAAAAACAUCCUAAUAUUACGUUGGAGGCAUUAGCAAUCGAGUUUGGAAUAAAAUCCAAUACUGUUCAUGAUAUUCUUGCAGAAAAAGAUGUUUGGUUAGCUUUAGAUAAAAAUUCAUCACUUGCUAAUUCUAAGCGCCGUAAGACUGUGGGGUUUCCUACCAUUGAAUCAGCACUCGCUUUGUGGGUUGAACAUGCUAUACAUCAUGAACAAGCUCUUACUGGUAAAAUAUUAAAAGUUAAAGCACAAGAAUUUGCGGACAAGAUGAACAUUAAUGAUUUCAAAGCUUCUCCUGGGUGGGUUACAAACUUCAAAAAACAUCACAAUAUAAGCCAAUUUAUUUGUCAAGGUGAAACUAAUUCUGCACCUUUGGAAAACUUGUCACGUUUCCGCAAUGAAUUACAACAACUUAUUCAAUUAUAUCCAAUUGAAAAUGUUUUCAAUUGCGACGAAACUGCACUUUUUUAUCGUUUGAAUCCUAUUAAAACAUUAGCACAUGGCCCUGUAACAGGACAAAAGAAAGCAAAAGAUC